CCCACGCGGCCUAAAACGGUCGCGGUGCUGUUCCUGGGAAGAUUUUUUCCUAACAAUAAUGCCUCAUACCGAAGGCAAAAAAGGUUGAUCGUUAGCCAAUGGAAAGAGAGGAAAGCUCAGCUCAAAAGCGCGCGAUUUGAAACUGCUGUAUAAGACGCAAGGAAGACGCGUGUGCACCAUGUGCACAGCUGGUGGGCGUUACCUCAGUUAUGGUUAUGGCGAGCUCACCAUACCUCAGUUGUUUGUCUCCUAUUGUGCUUAGACAAUUCUCCUCACUAUAUGCGAAGAGCGGCGGGCCAAAUGAAUGCAUUGUCCACAUGACAGGCAUCUGCAACGCUCUACCGGACGCGGGUUCUUCUGGAUUCCGGAGGAUUACUCAGAUGAACGCAACGAGAACGUCUGAACUUUGCGGAACACAACUUUUUCUGGAUGCCAUGGGCAUCAACUCAUCGCGCAUCAUCAAGUCCACUGUAGAGAUGGACAAUCCACUGGACUGCCACUGGACCAUCAACGUUGCCAAAUCCAUUCAGAGCCUUGUAUUGUACGUUCAGUCUACAAAUCUGCGCACUGCUAUUUUCGAAGAUAUAUGCAUCGAUUAUGUAAAGGUGACAGACAUGAAAGGAUACAGUCAGCUAGUGUGUGGUCACUCUUCUCUGCUGCUCGUUGAACAGGCUAGCGUGAACAUAUCAGUCCAUUUGAAUCCUACGGUGUCACUUGAUGUGUCUGGGGAAUAUGUUUCCAUAGUUGCCACAGCAGCAUUUCGCGUGAAUACAUCAAAGCUCUGUCCCAAUGGCACCUUUCAUUGCGCCACUAUGGAUUUGUGUGUCUGGGAGGGUUUCCUCUGCGAUGGUGUUCGAAACUGUGCCCAAGGGGAUGAUGAGCACCUGUUCCAGGGAAGUACCUGCUUCAUGCCAAUGUCUGCGGUGCGAUUCAUAAUUGUUGGCAUGAGCCUUUUGUUGCUCUCUGUAACCUCAUUCUGCUUCUUGACAUAUAAUCUCUACGUAGAGCAUAAAAGGGAGCUGGAGAACGUGGACACAGAAUUUCGGGGGAAACGUUACCAUGAGGCAGCACUUGACGAAGGGAGUUCUCACUCUACACCUCAAGAUAUCGACGACAUCUACGAUGUCCUCACCUUACCGGAGCCACUCCGUCCAAAUGUGCAGGAAGAGAUAACCCGACCUACACCGCAUGCUGCAUCUGAUAAGGCACUUAUGUAUCGACGAUACUCUGUCAUAACGAAGCAGGCGUUCGAUAUGAAUGUUGAUUGAUUUUUAUAUCAAUGCGACGUGAUUAAACUACACAAGCAGAAAAUAAAGGUAUCCUCAACAGUUAUUUGAGAUAGCA